AUGGACUUCGAGGAGAUCCUCUCCCAGAUCGGCGGCUUCGGCCGCUUCCAGAAGCUCCUGUACGUCUGGAUCUGUCUCCCUCAGGUGUUCCUGGCGUUCAACCAGCUGGCCUCCAUCUUCACCGGGGCCACGCCGCCCCACAUCUGCCUCUCUGCCCCCCUGGCCCGGCGGGGGGGCCCCAACUCCACCAGCCUCCUCCUCCUCCUGCACCGCGGGGAGGCGCAGGCCUGCCCCGACCGGCGCAACGGCAGCAACCACAGCUGCCCUGGAGGCUGGCAGUACGACACCAGCGUGUUCAGCAGCACCGUGGUGACCGAGUGGGACCUGGUGUGUGACCGCGCCCGGACCAACAGCGUGCUGUCCUCCCUCUACAUGGCCGGUCUCCUGGUCGGGGCCAUGGGCUUCGGUUACCUGUCGGACAGGUACGGCAGGAAGCCGGUGAUGCUGAUGGGCCUGGCCUUCCAGGCCGUGUUUGGCGUGGGAGCGGCGCUGGCUCCGAACCUCUACGUCUACGCUCUGCUGCGCUUCCUGGUGGGAUCGGGGGUCUCCGCCACGCUCAUCAACGCCUUCGUCCUCGGCACCGAGUGGACCGGGCCCAAGCGCCGCAUGCUGGCCGGGCUCACGACGGACUUCUGCUUCGGCCUGGGCUACGUCCUGCUGGCGCCCGCCGCCUACCUGCUGCGGGACUGGCGCCACCUGCAGCUCGCCAUCUCUGCCCCCUGCUUCCUGUUCGUCUUCUACCUCUGGGUCCUGCCCAGGUCGGCUCGCUGGCUGCUGGCCAACCAGAGGACGGAGGAGGCGGGCCUCCUGAUCCGCCGGGCCGCCCGGCUCAACAGACAGCCCCUCCAGGAAGACCUCCUCACGCAGCAGCUGUUGGACACGGUGGAGCGGAGGAGGCACACCCUGUUGGACCUGGUGAGGACCCCCGCGAUGAGGAAGCAGUCCCUCAUCGUGUUCUACCUAUGGUUUGUGACUAUCCUCAUCUACUACGGCAUGUCUUUCAACAUCUCUGACUUUGGGGACAACCUGUACCUGGGCCACCUGCUGUUCGGUCUGGUGGAGGUCCCGGCUCGCACCAUGGUCCUGUUCACCGUCAACCGCUCCAGGAGGCUGACCCAGGCCGGCUCGCUGGUGCUGGGGGGGCUGGCCUGCCUGGUCCUGGUCCUGGUCCCCCACAAGUUGACCCCUGUGCGGAUGGCGAUCGGCUUGGUGGGAAAGUUUGGGGCGACGGCGUCCUUCUCUGUGAUCUACGUCUACUCAGCUGAGAUCUUCCCCACAGUCAUAAGGCAGAAUGGUAUUGGGAUGGGGUGCACGUGGGGUAGGCUGGGGGGGGUCCUGGCUCCCGUGGUGCACCUCCUGAAGGACUACCAUGUGCACACUCCCAUGAUCCUCUUCGGUCUGAGCACUCUGAUUGGCUCUGGCCUCACCCUGCUGCUGCCCGAGACAGCCAAUAAGCCCCUGCUUGAAACCAUCGAAGAAGUGGAAGAGGGCUGCCGACCCAAGGGAGGACCUGAGUGGGAGCACCAGCCCCCCGUCCCGCUGGGGAACAGGGCCCCUGGCGGGCUGGCCCCUGACCACGGGCCCCUGGUCCCAGAGACGAUCUCCCCGAGGAACCUGGAGCCAGGAGCCUUCCCCUCAGCCCUCACCUCCACAUCCCCCCUGUGGAGGGGAGGGGUCUCUGUGGACAUCCUCACUAUCCACGUUCCUCCCGGACGACCGUCUCCCAACCACUCUUCCCACGCUGGUGUCUCUACCCACGCUGUGUCUCUACCCACGCUGGUGUCUCUUCCCACGCUGGUGUCUCUACCCACGCUGGUGUCUCUUCCCACGCUGGUGUCUCUACCCACGCUGGUGUCUCUACCCGCGCUGGUGUCUCUACCCGCGCUGGUGUCUCUACCCACGCUGGUGUCUCUACCCACUCUGGUGUCUCUUCCCACGCUGGUGUCUCUACCCACGCUGGUGUCUCUUCCCACGCUGGUGUCUCUACCCACGCUGGUGUCUCUACCCACGCUGGUGUCUCUACCCACGCUGGUGUCUCUACCCACUCUGGUGUACUCUAACGAGCUGUGUCUCUACAGGUGUACUCUAAUGGGCUGUGUCUCUACAGGUGUGUACUCUAACGAGCUGUCUCCACAGGUGUACUAUAAUGGACUGUGUCUCUACAGGUGUGUACUCUAA